CCGUGAGCCCAGGUGAAGCUCGUUGGUCUGAUGUCAGACUUUAAAUUCAGCUGCAGACAGACAGGAAGUUCUGCUCAAAGCUCCUUCACUCAGGCUGCUCUGAAGAUGCUGCUCCACGGGGCUUUCAGGAUCUUGGUCGUCUUCGUGCUCUUCAGCUGUGCUGGGAGUUCUCUGAGGAAAGGUCAGCGCGGUUCAGCUCCACUCUACGACCCGCGGCCCGGCUACUCUGGCGGGGAUCCUGGUUCUGUUGGGUCCAGCUCCAUGAGUGCUGGUGGAAAGUCUCCUGAUGGCAGCGGGCGGGACGCUGAGGCCGGCCGCAUCAUCGCCAACGCGUGGCGUCUCCGUCCCGGCCGCCCCUUCCCACGCUUGGCCUGGACCUCUGCCCACGUGCCUCUGGGCAUGGUGGGGGAGCGCCCCCUCUACCCUUCGUCCUAUGUGGCCAAGUCCAACAACGGCUACCAGCGUGCGAGGGACUCCAGCUCCGACGCCAAAUACUCCCAGGAUACCUUUGGGCACAUUCCUCUGCCUGCGCCUCAUGAGCGUCCUGGAUUCAAGGACCGCAAGAUUUAAGGUCAAAGGUCAAAGGACCCGGAGGAGCAAACGAGCGCUGCAGGAUCGGGAUUUGGGGAUCAGUGAAUCUGAGACAAGUUUCAGUUGUGUCCUGCUGCGGUUCAUCUCAGGUAGACUCUGGAGUGCGUUCAGCUGUUUCUCCUUCAACUCCUUUUGCUGCUCUGUGAUUUGUCAGCCCGGUGGAUCAAUAAAGUUUGAUUCAAACAUC